UGAAAAUGGCGGCAUCAUUCAGAUGGGUGUUACAGCUACACAAGGACGUACCAAAAGCAGCAAGAUUCUAUUCAGAAGGCUUGGAUUUCACCAUUAAUGUCUGUACCCAUAGAUGGGCUGAGCUCCAAUCUGGGCCUCUCAAACUUGCUCUCAUGCAUUCAUCAACCGACAUUGUUGUGCAGAAGGGAUACUCAUCCCUCCUAUCCUUUACAGUUGGUGAUAUAAACAACUCGGUGACCAAGCUAAUGGCUUUAGGGGCUGAGUUGGAUGGCCCCAUCAAAUAUGAAAUCCAUGGAAAGGUUGCUGCCUUGAGGUGUGUGGAUGGGCAUAUGUUGGGUCUUUAUGAACCGUCCUAAGACUUCUUUGAGACGACUGCUUGCAGGUA